CGAAUUUUUUGUUUUAUUUUUGUUUUUUUUCGAUAAAAAUCAAUCGAUUACAUAAUGAAUUCUCAACGAAACAAAGUAUUUGAUGAAUUAAAAAGUAAACAUUUAAAACAAACAAUUGGUUCGGCGAACAAUUCAUUACCGACUACUUCAUCAUCAUCACCAUCACCAUUUAUUUUAUCUAGUGGUCCUGUAACUGGAUCAAAUAUGCCUGUAUCAAUUCUACCGAAUCAAUUAACACCACCAAUUAGUGGUCAAUCAUCAUUUUCAACACUCGAACCAAUGACACCAUCACAAAAAGCUGUUGCACAAGCACAUCAAUUAUCAUAUGGUUUUUAUAUACCACAAGAUUCAAAUUAUAAUCCAAUUUUACCUGUUUUACCUCGAUUUAAUUGAAAAAUGGAUCUCAUAAUUAAUUUCUUUUUUAUUAUUCAACAAAUUAUUAAAAAAAUUCAAAUUAAAAAAAUAAAA